AUGAUCAAGCCUCCUGCUAUGGGCGUCUUCGCCCGCGACCCACCACCACAGGGUAGAGGCCCGUCUUCAUCAUCCACACCAUCUUCGUCCACGUCACAACUACAGUCACAGUCAACCAACCAUGCUGUCUCGCCGCAUGAUGCUGCCUCUGCCAAUCCCUCACGGACCAUCACACAUCCCGAUUCCCUUGCAGCUGAUGAGCUUGCCUCAAAUCCCACCAACCAGGAUGACGAGACAAUACAGGACGACGACGAUCAAGGCACUGUCGACGAAGAAGCAGGCAUCAUCCGCUGUAUCUGUGCAUGCGACGAUGACGAUGGCUUCACGAUUCAGUGCGACAGAUGUCUUGUCUGGCAGCAUUGUGCAUGCUUUGGCAUGUCGCAAGCUUCCGUACCUGACGAGUACCUUUGCGAGCAGUGCGAGCCACGACCUGUCGAUGUCGCCUUUGCUCAAGCCCAUCAGCAGAAGCGAAAGAACAACGAAGCUCGCAAAGCGCUUAUGGACCGCAACUUGAGACGACAAGCCCAGGCACUUUCGUCGACUGCCUACAAUCAGACCUUUCAAGAACCUCUUUCGUCUCCCACUUCCAGCAUACAUCUUUCCACCAGCACAGUCUCUGUCGACGACCCUUUUUCAGCCGCCACACAGCCGAACACCAACCUUGCAGCAUCUUCUUCAACUUCGGCAGCAGCAGCAGCAGCUCGCUCCCGCAAGCCAAGUCAGGCUCUCGACCUCAGCAAUACCCAGUUUGUCGUUCCCGAGGUCCCUGCCAGUGCCGGUGCGGCACAGCGAGGUGGAAAGCAGCGCAAAGGUCAAAAGGCUUCACGUCGAGGCUACGAGACACCUUCCUCCGUAUCAACACCAGUUCGGGGCGUGUUCACACCGGCUAGCUCUCAUGAACGCUUAGAUGAUCCCUUUGAUGCAGCAGAACAGCUCGAAGCAUGGCAAGUCGAAUUUACUCCCAUCAACAAGAAUGUCGUGCCAGACCCAUCCAUCAUUGAGAAUUUAGCCGCAGCUAUCCUUGACUGGGAGGAUGGCAGUCCACUCAAAGGUGCUCCUGGGCCAGCAGCUCGUGUUGUCGUCCCAACAGCUUCGAUGCAUACUCGCCAUGCAGCUGCUUCCAAACUUGCUUCUGCCGACGGCUACCCAGCUUCCUCGUCCGCAUCAUCCCCAUCAUCACCCUCACCACGUAAUCCAAGCUCACCGACCGCACCCGACUUCCCCGCUGGCAUCUCGGCUGUAGGAGAAGAGUGCGUUCCUAUCGAAUUGACAGGACCUUCAUUAGCAGACCUCGCAUGCCGCACAUACGUCAAGCAAAUCUCAGAGUCGGCCUCAGCAGGUGUCUUCAGCAAUGUGCUUUACGCCAACAGUUCUGCCGAAGAGCCACAGCGAGGAUGGUCUGCUUCUCGCGCCUUCUCAAGACCUGUCAUGCAUGGCCUCUUUGCCGAUGGUUCCAUCCCUGCCGGCGCGUUCAUCUCAGAGUUCCGAGGUGAGCUCUACAGCGCUAAUGCCUACCGUAACGAUCCUAUCAAUCAGUACGCUGCACUGGGUGCAACCAAGCCACAUGUCCAUCUUCUGCCGCCACCACUGAACCUCGCCAUCGACGCGCGAAGAUACGGUAACGAAUCCCGUUUCGCCCGCUUCAGCUGUCACCCCAACGCCGUGCUUCGUCCAAUCUUGUUCCGUGCCAACGGUCAGCCAUCCGCACGAUCACGCACCAGCUCACGAGCACAGUCACCUGCCACUGCCGUAGCAUCAUCCGCCUUGUCCAUGAGACAACUUCGAUAUGCCGAUACCCCUCCUGCUGAGAGUAGGUCUGAAGAGCUACAACUCGUCUUCGGCUUGUUUGCGCUGACUGACAUUCCUCGCACGCACGAGAUCACUUUGGGUUGGGAGUGGGACGAUGCUCACAUUGUUCACUUCUUGCCCGAGUUGGUGCAGAACCCUUACCUCGAGUCUCGCCAAGGCCAUGUUGACGCCGACAAGCAUACAGCCAACAUGGUAGCAUUAGCUGAGAAGGGCGAAUUCCCCUACGCCGACACCGAGUUCUCGGUCAAGAUGAGCACUGUAGCUGCAGCUCUUCUCGGUUGUGUUCUUUGCGCUUGUAUCGGCUCGGCAGCUCCUCCCGGAGGCGGCGGAGGCGCUAGUGCCAACAAUGGACGCAAGCAGGACUGUGCAGUUGCGCAGAUGCUGCGUGUGGGAAACGGCAUGUCUCUGCUCAACGUCACUAUGCCUGGUAAGACGAAUCGCAGAGCAAAGCUGCCGGACUUCUCGCCGCUCGUAGGCAUUCAAAGACACUGGAGAUCCAUCAGCCUUCCACCAACGCCCGAAACCUCAGUCAAGGAGGAAGACUCUCCUCUCGAUUCUUGCAUGCUUGAAGCACUUGCAGCACAUGGCGAAGCAGAGACAAUGCAGUUGCUAGACAGCAUGGAUGUCGACGGCGAGGCUGGAUGUGGCGGCAAUGAAGCCAUCGCAAGGUCAAAUAAAGGUCGACGCCGGGCGAAAGGCAAGCAAGAUCGCAUGGAUGUCGAUGGUGAAGACACCGACUCGGCCGCGACAGAGUCCGAUGAUGGAGACGACACUCGAUCCAUCGCAUCCUCUCUCACAGAUCCACUCUCAGGGCUCAGCGAGAAUGAGACGCUCAGUGACGACCAAGAUGAGGACCUCAUGAACGCUUUGCAGGCAGCCGAUGGCGUCCGACCACGUCGACAAUCUGCCAAACACCGUGAUGCCAGCGCUGUAGAUGUGGAGCUGUCUGGACUCUUCUUGCUUCCUCCCAAGAAGCGAUCCAUGCGAACCCGCAUUAAGGCGAGCAUGGCAUCAGAUGACGAAAAUCAGACAGAACGCGACGACGCCGACCAUGACGAUGAGCACGGCCAGGCUUGUACUGUUAAGAGCAGGAAAGCAACCGACGCUUCAAGCAAGGUCAAGGCCGGUGCGAAGCGCAAAGGCAAGGCGGAUGCAGGGCGCACAGCUCUCGACUUUUCAUCGGAUAAAGACAAGGGCUACGACGGCUAUUCUAUGGAAACCUCAGUCAAGAAGCGAAGAAAGUUUGGCAAUAUUGCCGACCCGAGCUCGCCCCUCUCCUCUGUGCCUUCGCCUGAAUCAGUCGACUCGAAUCUCAGUCCGCCUCCACCAGUACCGCGUCUCUCGGCCAAGCAUCGUCUCGAGAAUCAAAAACGCACGUCUGACAUCGAGCUGUCCAAGAAGAAGCGUGAGGCUAAGCGCGCUCGUGACCGCAAAGCCAGAACGCCAGAGUCAAGAACCAAGGAAUCGGCCUCAAAGCGUCGCAAGAGGGAAGAGGCACGCAUCCAUCGCAACGCUAUCCUCGAUCUUGGCGACACCGAGUCGAGCGAGGAGGACCUGUCGGAAGACGACGAAGAGGGCGAUGACACGGCUGAGCAUUUUCAGAGUGGGGCAUCUACUCCACGCGCAACAAAGGCAGCGCCAGUUUCCCAAAGCCUGGAAACGGCUGCAGCCACCGUCGGGAAGGAGCCAGCCACCGUCGGGAAGGAGCCAGCUACCGCAGACGUGGGUGCAGACAAGAAGGCGAAGAAGCGGGCAACGCCGACUGCAGUCGAGGAUCGCACAUCUGCAGCAAAGAAAGAUAACCCGACCAAGACUAAGAAGGCCCGCCGCAUUCUGUCUGAUUCCGAACCGAGCAGCGAUGAAGAGGAGGGCUCUGUCGCUCCAACCUCAACUGCUCGUCUCGAAGCAGCAUCGUCGCCGAAGGUCGCCAAACAGGAAGACGUCUCGCAGCCUGGGAAGGAUGAGUCCCAGCCUGCCUCAGCCGAUGUAGCACCUAAGGACGACACGGAGACAAAGGUCGCUCCAGAAGUGGAGAGCAAACCUUCGACGGAGACUCCUGCAACCACAGCAGAGCCUGCUCCUGUUGCUGCCCCUGCACCUGCACCAGAGGUUAAGAAAGAGGAACCUACAAGAGUCAAGCUUUCUUUGGCUGAGUACAAGCGCCGACUUGCAGAACGACGCGUUUCGGGGCAGCAAGGUGCCAACUCGACCACACCAGCUCCUUUGACUCCUUCGCUCGCUACUCCUACCUCAGAAGUUGCGCCAUCGCCAUCACCUGCCGUGGGAAAAAGUGACCCUUUGCCCUCCAGCCUGGUGCGACCAUCUGAGCCACGUCUGGCAUCCACUCCCUCGGAAGCCACCGCGUCUACACCAGCUGGACAAACAGCCACAGCUGAGACCUCAGAACCUGGCAAAGCAACAAGUGCAGCGCCACGCGGUAUGCUGUUUACUUCCAUCUCUGCGCCGACAGCCAUUCGCUCAGUCGAGAUUCCCAAGUCGCCUUCUCCUGAGCCUGUCACUGCUUCCUCUGCCACCCAGCAGCAAGGAGCAGCGGUACAAUUUACAGAGGGGACAAGCGCGGCAUCGGUACCUGCACAAACUGGCACAGGAGAUGCUUCAUCACCUGCUUCUGCAAUCAGCAACCUGCCUUGGUCUGUUGGGGCUGGUGGUGAUGCAAGCUCGUUGCUUUAUCGACUCGAGACGCGACAUGCUCGAGCUUCGUCGCUUGUUGGAGGCGAGAAGGAUGGUCAGCAGACCAGUGCUGCAGCAGAUGGAUCCGCCAAGCCACAGAGCACCAACGCGGGAGCUGCGAGAACUCCAGCUGUUAGCGCAUUGGGAGCUCAAUCCCCCUCAUCUGCUCAGUCUGUAUCGACACCUUUGCGAUCGCCUUCACUUGGUCCGACAAGGGUGCAGGCAGGUCGCAUGCCUCCUUCACCCUCGUCAUCCUCGUCAUCCCCGACUUUCAACCCUCCAAGAGCACCAAGAGCGUUUAUGUCUUCGCCCAGCAGCACUUUGCCGACGCCGACCACUGUACCAGUGGCGUCAUCAGCCCCAGCAGCAGUGUCCAGCAGUGCGCCUGCGGCGGCUGUUACUGCCGGCACCACAAGCGCUGCUCCUUCUACAGCAGCUAUCGCUCCUUCGACUCCAGCACGUAUCGGCAUAGCAGGUGUCGCCAACACCCCUUCAACAGGCAGCUCUGCCAGCUCAGCUUCUUCCACGACCGCACGCUAUCCUCCACCUGGUGCCGCAUUGACUUCACCAACACCCGCCACCUCCGCCCUCCCCGCCUACCCACCACGCAACUUUGCAGGAGUACCCAAAGGUCCAGCUAGCAUGCGUGAUUCCGACCCCCGCGCGGACGCCUGGGCAGAAGCACGGGAAGCACGGGAAGCACGGGAAGCGCGGGAAGCACGGGAAGUAAGAGAAGCGAGAGAAGUUCGCGAUCCUCGAGGGGACUACCCACCACCGCGACAUCUGGAGAGAGAUAUGGGUUGGGGUGAGCGUUCGCGUGAUCCUUCCUUACCUGAUCGCGAGGUAGUACGUGGUGGUGGUGGGUGGGGUAGAGACCGACGUGAGCAGCCGCAUCCACGUGAUUCCUACCCCGCGGCAAGAGAGGGCAGGUUCUUUGGUCGAGAUGAUCCCUCAUCCACCAUCCCUCUCUCUGCUGGUGCCGACACUUCAGGUGCGGGAGGGGGGUUGGCUUCUCGACUAGACUCACACCAUUAUGCAGGCUACCGUCGUCCCUCAGCUACAGAAUACGACGAUCUCCCACCGAUCUCGCCUUAUGAUCGUCCUUCGGAUCCGUACAAUAGAGGAAUUGUCGUUAGGGGGAGGGCAAAUGCUUCGGGUGCUGGUGCGGGGGUUAGUGCAGGAGGUGCGGUGAUUAGGGAUGGAAGGGAAGGUGGGUAUAGGGAAUACGAUGAUCCGACACCACCAGGGGUAGGAGGUAGGGGUGGGUUUAGGAGUGGUUGGGGUGGUAGAGGUAGACCUAGAGGAGGAGGAGGAGGAGGAGGAGGAGGAGGAGGGAGGGAUGGAGAAGGGGGCAGAGGUGGAAGAGGGAGGGGUUGGGGGAUGAGGUAA